CCGUAUUCCAUGAGCCCAAAAUACGGUAUUCCCGUACGUACGCCUCUCACAUCCACGUAUAUUCCCUCCUCCUCCUUCUCUCUCCAACCUUUCCUCCUCUUCUCUUCCAUUCCAUUCCAUUCCAUUCCCCAAACCAAACCCAACCCACCGCCACCGCCACCGCCACCGCCGCCGCCGCCUCUACCCCCAUUCCAUAUCGCCGCCGGCGCCAUGCCCGGCGCGGCGGCCCACGCGGUGGACCCACGGGGCGCCGCCGCCCCGGCCCCCGCCUCCCCUGCCCCCGUGGCGAAGGCGGAGGCGGAGGCGAAGGCGAAGGCGGGGGGAGGGUGCGAGCCGGCGCGGAAGGCGGGGGCCGUGACGAUGGAGCACGUGCUGCUGGCGCUGCACGAGACGGAGGCGGAGAGGGAGGCGCGGAUCCGGGACAUGUUCGCCUUCUUCGACGUGGACGGCCGCGGGCAGCUUGACUACGCGCGGAUCGAGGCCGGCCUCGCCGCGCUGCAGAUCCCCGCCGAGUGCAAGUACGCGCGGGAGCUUCUCCGCGCCUGCGACCGCGACCGCGACGGCCGCGUCGGGUACGACGACUUCAGGCGGUACAUGGACGACAAGGAGCUCGAGCUCUACCGCAUCUUCCAGGCCAUCGACGUCGAGCACAACGGCUGCAUCCUCCCCGAGGAGCUCUGGGACGCGCUCGUCAAGGCUGGUAUAGAGAUUGAUGAUGAGGAGCUUGCACGAUUUGUCGAGCAUGUGGACAAGGACAACAAUGGAAUUAUUACUUUUGAAGAGUGGAGGGACUUUCUUUUGCUAUAUCCUAAUGAAGCAACCAUUGAGAAUAUUUAUCAUCAUUGGGAAAGAGUUUGUCUUGUAGAUAUAGGUGAACAGGCUGUUAUACCAGAAGGCAUUAGUAAGCAUGUCAAUGCAAGUAAAUAUCUGAUUGCAGGAGGGAUUGCAGGUGCUGCAUCUCGGACUGCAACUGCACCUCUUGACCGCCUUAAAGUAAUCAUGCAAGUACAGACUACACGAACUACCGUCUUGCAUUCAAUUAAGGAUAUAUGGAGCCAAGGUGGCAUGGUGGCAUUUUUUAGAGGGAAUGGAUUGAAUGUUGUGAAAGUUGCUCCAGAAAGCGCAAUAAGAUUUUAUGCCUAUGAAAUGCUAAAAGAAUAUAUUAUGAAGAGCAAAGGAGAAAAUAAGAGCGAAGUUGGUCCUUCUGAACGUCUCGUAGCUGGUGGUUUGGCUGGUGCAGUAGCACAAACAGCAAUUUAUCCUGUAGAUUUAGUGAAAACACGAUUGCAAACUUAUUCAUGUGUGGAUGGUAAAGUACCUAGUCUUGGUGCAUUGUCAAGGGAUAUAUGGAUGCACGAGGGUCCUCGAGCAUUCUAUAGAGGUCUGGUUCCAUCUUUGCUUGGUAUUGUCCCUUAUGCUGGAAUUGAUCUUGCUGUAUAUGAGACAUUGAAAGAUGUAUCCAAGACAUAUAUCCUGAAGGACAGUGAGCCUGGUCCUCUAGUACAACUGGGCUGUGGGACUGUCUCGGGAGCCUUGGGGGCAACAUGUGUUUACCCUCUACAGGUUAUCAGGACAAGACUGCAAGCUCAACGAGCCAACUCAGAGUCUGCAUAUAGAGGAAUGUCUGAUGUAUUCUGGAGAACCCUACAGCAUGAGGGUGUUUCUGGAUUCUACAAAGGAAUCCUACCAAAUCUUCUUAAAGUGGUGCCUGCGGCAAGUAUUACCUACCUAGUGUAUGAAGCAAUGAAGAAAAAUCUCUCCCUUGAUUAAAUUCUAGACCUGUUUUGCAAAUCAGCCAUCAUUAUUGGCAUGGCUGGCUGUAGAGAUAAUGACGAUACAUGAUUUUACUGGUUAAAUAGCUACUUUUUUGAAGUGAAAGACGGUGCCUUCAGGACAGAAUAGGAAGCUACGGUGGUCUCUCAUAAUUAUUAUUUCCCAGAAGUGAAGUGAUAACUAUGAGAUCAUUGAGACAUCCUUGCUGGCGUACUGUAUUUGUAUCCAGGAAUAUCAGUGGAAUCAGCUCUGUUUAGAAGUAUGAGCUCCACCUCCAUAUGACUAUAUAAGGUGAUGGCAUGAAAUGAGUGUUGGCUUUGAAUGAAGAAACACUAUUGCCUUAGAUAGAAUAAUUAGCUUUGUGUACGCCUGCAAUCCAAUUAGUUUUAUGAUCACAUUGUAUGUUCUGAACGAUGGUUCCUUGUGAUUGAUGGGAAGGGAAGAUGCAUAUGUUUUACUUCUGUCCUAGAUUCCCUGACACUCUGCUACUACAUAUGUACCAUCGGAUGGGAAGGGAAGAUGGGAGUAUACUUCAAAGUCAUAGAAUAAAAACAACUUUAUUGUCUUCUCUUUGUCAGGAAACUAGUAAGUCCCUCUAGAGCUUAAUGAACUGUAGUUUGUACGCAUUGUCCCAUACUAUUUGUUCAACUUAUGACAAAUCUGUUUUUAUUUCCACGAAAGAUCAAAGUUGUUGAGGACACAGCUGUGGCUCUUUCCAUGUGUCCAGUUCUAAUUGUAUUAUUGCAGCCAACUUAACUACAAUGGUGUUUGCAAUAAGUCCAAUUCCACUCUGAAAUGAUAUAUUUUACCUAGUUAUUACAAUUGUUAAUCAUUUGGAUUCUCCUGACUUUGGUAAUUAUGACACUGUUCUAAUUGAAGAGUUAGUUUCUGAACAGGAUAAUUUGUUCAGUUAUAUCAACUUGUAGCUCAUUUUUCUGAUAGCUUGGACAAAUUCUCCUCUAUCACUCAUUUGCUUUAUUUUUGACAUUUCAGUAAGGCAUCGUUGGCUCCGAGUCAGCUAUUCAUCCUGAAUUUCUGAAGGCUUAUUUUGCCCCCGUAUUGGGGUGAGUUUUGUUAGUCAAACUGUAACACACAGGAAAAUACUCAUUAACAUAAUUUACCAUUCCUUGUGCUCCUGAGCUUAAGAGGAGCUUGACCUUUACUGACAACAAAUUGCCCUGCAGAAAGGGUGCUGGUUAUGCA